GGGUUGACGUUGCCAGAAAUAAAACAGACGAAGAAGGCUGCUCACCUCUUGGUUUCAGGAAGUGUUGAGUUCGGGCUGUAUGUCUGUCUGUACUUAGGAUAAAUAAAUGAAUCAGCGCGUCUCUCUGGUGCAGAACGUGGAUGCUGCCUUCACAUCACUUCUUCCUGGUCUCCAUCAUUCCACCAUGUCCCUUUAUUACUCGACGCUCCACCCGAUUCCUUUGGUGCGUCUUCACCUCUUCGGCCUGCUGCUGCUGCUCCUCGCUGGCUGCUCCUCCAGAUUCUUUACCGAUGGCACCCUGAACCAGCAGAACACCACACAAGGAACCUGCUCCAGCCCGUGUAAUAAUACAAGUGUCAGUGAAACGACCCCAGCUAAGGAUUCCUCAGGGACCACCUCCAGUCAUGUGCCAGUGCCACUACAGAGGAAUCCGUCGUCUGUCUCAGACCUUGGCAGCAGUAGCCCAACCUUCAUCCAGUCUUCUUCAGUUCCUGACCAUCCAGACAGAGGCAACAGAAACGAUUUGGAACUGACACUGGACUCAAAUGGCACACAUGAGAACCAGUCCUCCCCCAGCUCCUCUUCAUUUGUCAGCCACAAAUUAAAUGACAUUAUAAGAUUGUUAACCACACCUACCCAGUCUGCAGGAGGAAACCAUUCACCCACAGCCUCACCAUUCAAUCAGCGGCCAGUGUCUCCAGGCCAUCAGGUUCCAUCAUCAGAGGCAGUCACUCAGUCUUCAGACCUUUUUCUGUCUAAGACCACAGGCCUGCCCAUCCAGGCUGCUCAUACUGGAUCCACCACCGCACUGCCUGUUAGGAAUGUCAGUUCAACCACUGUACUAGUGAUGUCUACAGCAACCCUAACACCAGCACCUACAACAGUGAUGACAACAACAACCGCACAUGCUUCAACAACUGUUACAACAAACGCAGGUACAAAGAUGUCACCUUCAUCAUCCUCAUCAGCUGCACCAGCUGCCAUGCCACAGCCAAAUGCCCCGAGCACCGGGAUGCUACCAAUCCACACCACUUCUUUACCCACAGGGCCUGUCAGCAGUGUCAUUACUACCAGCAGUCAGAGUGAGCCCCCUGCAGCAGGAACAAGGGUUGCCAUAGUAGAAGUAGCGGGGGGGUUACUGACCAUGCAGCUGGUGGAUACAGCAUCUUUACUGGCUGUCCUGCUUUUCGGCUUGCUCUUCUUUCUGGUCACAGUGGCUGUGUUUCUCACGCAGGCCUACGAGAGCUACAGGAGGAAGGACUACACCCAGGUGGACUACCUGAUCAAUGGCAUGUACACAGACUCUGCAGUGUGAGGGAGGAAGAGGCUAGGCCCAACUGUGGUCAGUUUUUUUGUGCUUGGAGUCGGAGACUCUACAGUAGAAUGGAGGUUGGACUGUUUGGUAACAUGCUGGUGCUGUUGGACCUCCUGGGGAGAAGUGGGAAUGAAUUCAACUACAGCGCACUGAACUGACUUCCAAGCAGUCACAGAUCUGUUUCUGUCUUAACCUUUCCACUUAACACAUUCUCUCCUGCUUCCUGUUCUGGUUUGAUGGUUUGAAUGUGGUGAGUUCUGCCAAAUAUUAAGCACCAUAAAUAGCUUUUACCUGGAUGUAAGUCUAGUUCAUGAGCAGCCUACACGUGCAGCCCUCUAACGAGCAUCAUUGUUGGCCCGUGACGGAACGUCGUCCACCCUGCUGCUUAGUGCAGCUGGAUCAAGAUGCAUCCAGAGCUCAACACGUGGCCUCGUCAAUAUCUCUUAUGUCUUGUCAUUUUUACGUUGAACAGUGUAAAAAUCUGUCAAACUAAGUUAUUGCCCAUUUACAGAGAACUGUGGUCACACAGAAGUCUCAUUAAGAAGCAGUUUUUCAGAAAAGCACCUUUGGACUAAUUACAUAUCAGUUGAGAUUCAUUUGAAUAAAAAAGAAAUGCAACCCAUACCGCAGAAUGUUUUCCCACAUUGCUUUUAAGGACCAAAGCAUAUUUGUGAAUAUUAUAUUGGAAAUGUGUUUUUCUGUUAACUACAUAAUCACAUUAAAAAUGACAAACUCACAAACAAUUUUAAAGCACAAACUAGCUGAUUAAAAAUAAAGAAAUCAGCCUAGACCCUAACGGUCAAUAUGAUGAUGAACAACUCCUCAGUUAGCAUGUCCAGUAUGUACCAUGUUGAAAAUUAAACAAUGUGCUUUAAUAGGAAUAUGAAACAUUCCAGCGUACACAUCUAACUGUGCAAUAGUUCAGUCCAUUAGCAUCUGUAGCAGUGGAAUUGCAGUCAACAUUAAUGUGAUAAUUUUAUUUACCAAAUUUGGGGGGGGUGGAAUCAUUAUGCUAGUGAUUUCAGCUACAGUGGAUCGUUUUGGAUGUUUUGCCAUUUCAUUCUCUGUCAUAUUGUUAUUUCCAGCGUUCACAUAAAGAUGCACUCAGUGGUUUUGCUGUAGUGUUUAACACCAAAAUCUGACGUCAGAGUUGGUGUAGAUUAUUAUUUGAAGCUAUCGUAGUUCAGUUAGAUUAACAACUAACUGAUAACAAUAUCAGUGUUGAAUUUUGGGAGUUCUGGAUCAGGUGUACCUAAUAACUGCGUACGGCUCUCAUGACUUGAGUCUUCUCUAAUUUUGGCCAUCGUUUCUAGAAGCUGUGUUGAGAUCUCGGAACACCAUGUCCUCCAGCUGUUUAACUUCUGGCUGUGCUGUAGUGAUGUAGAUGUGUAGUCCAGGGUGCGUCGGCUUGUGGUUCCAGGACACCACAGGACUAGCAAACAUAAGCAGUCAGAUGACAGCUUUAUUGUGAAACAAGCUUGCGGCCUUCAUCAGUGGUGAAUCAAAGAUUCAUUUCAGCUCCGCUCACUUUUAGGUUGACCGAGUAACAACGUUCAGGUCAUCUUGAGAAACGCCUGCCUCGUUUGCAGCCUACUUGUAUGAAUGCAAUUCCUUUGAAUAAAGUCUUAUUUUAACUGACUAAAAAAUGGGGGAGAAAACCACAAUAACAAGAUUUAAGUUGUAAUAAAUUUAUCAUAGCUGAAAAAUUGAAAUGUAUCUGUGAUGAAAUGGCAGUCCAGGAAAAAGGUGUGACAUGAGUUGCCUUACAGCAUGGACAGCAGGACGCAGGACUGGUCGCUUUUCACAGUUAAAUUCAAAGUAAAUGAUCAUAUGGAAAAACAUCAUGACUUCUCAGAAAUAUAAAGGUUUUCUCAAAGACAUCCAGAUUAGACACUGGUACUUCUUCCAGACGUUGGAAGAUGUCUUUCUGUUGCUCUGCAUGAACUUUUCCCAGGUGGGGCCUAGUUUGUUGGAGCCUGAUGCCACAGUGCAGUGUGGUGUGUAGUGCAGUCAGUAGGACAGUGAAUGACCACUGUCCUGGUCAAGUUGAUUUAUUUUUCAUAGUGUGUUCAUGUUGGCUCUGUUCACCUGGUCUGUUUGGUUGGCCGUCAGCUACUUGGUGGUGGUGGUGAUGAAGAUUGUCACGCUGACAGUAUAACAGCCUCAUCCAGUUCAAACUGAGAAUUAAUAGGGUUCACUCCAUUUAUAUUUAUUAUGCUGUUUUUCCUGAACUUGAACAAUUUCAAAGCGUUUAGAUCAAGAACAACAGCAGUGACCUUCCUAAUUUAUGCUGUGGCAGAAGUGUUGCAUUGAAUUGGACAGGUGUACCUAAUAAAUUGGCCGGUGGGCGUAUACAUCACAUUUUACAGAUUAACUGUAAAAAAACGCAGUAAGUGCUGAUAGAAUAGAUAAGGCACUAGGAUUAAUCAGGCCGGGCUGUUGGUCUGGAGCAGGCUACCUGCGCAGACGAGAUCUCCAUAAUAAUUUAUAUGUCACUGCUUUUGUGAAACUGAUUCACAGCUAAGUUCAGCCAGGGUAACUGGGAAAUCCUGGCUUAACCUGCUAGCUAGGCUUUGUGACCCAGCCCUCAGAUAAGCUUUUUCCAGACAACAAACCAGAGCCAAGCUAACGACAGCCGCACAGGACAUUUUAACAUUUUUUUGUUUUGUUUUGUUAAAGACGCAAAGAUAGACACGUGGUUUUAGACUAGCUUAGCACAGGGGAAAUGCACUAACACAUUUGAUGGGGCUGGUAUGGCAUAGACCCCUGUCUCCAGUCUCCAAAUGUUGGGCUUCUUUCUUAAAAAAUAUUUCAUUUUUAUCACAUUCCUUUCUAUUGGUGUUCACUGAUGAAAUGACAUUUCAACUAUGCAGGGUUCAAUGUUUCUUUGCACACAUCUCUUGCUGUGAAUCAUGGGAACAAGGUGGUUUAUUUCAGUGUGGCAUGUUUUCUUAUUUUUCUCACAGUGACUAUAGUUUGGAAUAUUAAUGAACAAUAUCAGGUUAUAUUUAUCCCUAAACAAAUCACUCCUACAGUUUAAUAUGUACUUUACUGUACAUUUUCCCGUUUGCUUAUGUUUUACUGAUCCAGCCUUUCAUCCACUUAUUUUAGAGACAUGUCAUUGUUCUUACAAAAAUAAUUUAGAAGCUUUCAUACUUGUAAGUCAACUAUGGAAGCUGUACAUGUGAAAGUAAAUCUCUAUGUCAGUUCUUGCAGUUGCAUUGAAGAUGAGCAAGAUUGCUGGUCUAAAAGUCUGAGUUACAUUUCACAAACUGAACACCUUUGGUGUGUCAGUGAGGAACAGUAUAUAAUACCCAAGUACAGAUGCCUACUGGCCCACUGGACAACUGCGUUUCCUCCAGUUCUUCUUAAACAUGUUUGUUAGUAUGCACGCUACAGGCCGAUCCACUGUUGCCUGUUCUUAUUUCUUGACCACUGUGUAUUAGUUUACUUCUUCUGAGGGGCCAUGGUUGAUGAAAAUUUACCAAAUAAUUACUGAAGCACAUUAUUGUAAAGCCAAGGGAAUCGUAAAGCCAUUAUCAGUAUGUGACAGAUUGAACUGGAUUUUUUGGACCUGUCAAGUUUGUGUUAACUUUCUAGAUCUUAAAGUUGAUGGUUUCAUGCCAUACCUAAUUAGUUUCUUACAGAAUCUUUUUUGUUUUGUUUUUGUAAUAAAUGAAAAUUGUCUGGUUUGAAAUGCAGGGAACGUUUCAACAAUAGCAUAAGAGCACAUUGGUACAAAGGCAGAAAGCGGCAGUGUUUGCAAACAAUUUUACAAUUCUCUCAAGAAAACAACCAUUGGUUUUCUUAAGAAAAUUUGAUCUUUAUCCUGUUACCUUGCGAAAACAUCUUUAUUCCUGUACAUGAAGAAAACAAGAUCUGAAAAACUACAUCUUUGAUUUGUUUUAUUCUGAAAAUGUUAUGUUUAUCUCAAAACAAACAUCUUUAUUCUUUGACUUUAACAGUUAUCUUGAAAAACAUACUGUUUGGCUUCUUUUUUAUUUAUCUUGACAAAAUGAGGUAUUUAUACCAUUAUCCUCAUAAAAUAUUUCUGAAUUUUUGUUUUAAUUUUAUUUUACUUUUUCAACAACAAAAUGACUGACUUGUUAAUUCCAGUGGCUUUUUGCUUCCAUACAUGGAUGUAAUUAUUUUGUUUUCUCAUGAUGGCCGACUAGUGUCAAUCAUCUGCAUGACAAAUUCUGUUUUCUCAUCAACACAAUGUAAUUAUUUCAUGAUGGCAGGACGCCCCAAACCAUCAAAUCGAAAGAUUAGGUAACCAUUGGUUUUAGGACUGCUAUUUACAUGCAUGAUGGCUGUCAUGCAUUUGCUAAAAGAAACAUUUGGGUAACCCUGAUGUCACAGCAAAUGAGUCAACAAUCACUAGAAAACAAAACAAAACAAGGCUUCACUAGUCUUUUGUAGGAUUGACUGAUGUCUGCAGCGAUGACAAAUUGUUAGGACGACGUUACUGGCUUCAUUAAGUCAGUGAAGCAUUUUCAAGAUUUGAUGGUUUCUGGGGGCAGUAGUUGUAAAUGGAGCUGCUCAAGAUCCUGGUGGGCUGCGUUUACAGUAUCUGAUGUGUAGGAUGUUAAGAAAUGACAAAGCCACCUGCCGUGUGCCAACACAACACUGUACUAAUGCACUUUGAAAAGAUAUUUUUACUUGCAGAGAAUAAAUAAUGAAAAAAACAACCACACUGAUCUUUGUGUUUGAGU